AACAGAUUAUUUUGUCUCACUGAGUCCUCUUUAGGUCUGCUGCUGAAAGGACCUACGAUGAAGACUUUACCAGUAGUGAUGACCCUUCUUCUAAUGCUGGUUCCUUUCCCAGUGCUGGGUGUUACCUCGUCCAACUCAACUUACAAACUGGUGGCAAAGCCCGGAGAUUCCGUCUCGUUUCUGGUUAGCCUCCGUGAAGCCGUAUCCAUCAACAGUAUAUUUUGGUCUCGUGGAAACCACAUCGUGGCCAUCGCCAGGCCAGAAGGAUUUGAUAUCAAAGAUUCCAGUUUCUCCGGUCGGCUGACGCCCCAUAACUCUGGAUAUUCCUUAUUCUUCCACGACUUGAGAAAAGAAGACAGCGGGAUUUACUUUGCUAAAAUAUUCACGGAUUCUACAACAAUGAAUCUAAAAUUCGACCUGCAAGUGAUUGAUGGAAAUAUGGCGGAUGGGGUCAGUAAGAUGCUGGCACAUGUCCUCGUGGUUAUCUCCCUGGGAUUUCUGGCCGUCUUAAUCAGUGAAAGAACAUAAACGCCUCUGAUGGUGCCUUUUUGCGAAGAAGAUAAAUCAGAAUGUUGGGUAAAGGGGCUCAAAACUGAAAACUAGACUUUGGAUGAUUAGCGGGCGCAGUGCAUUAAAAACACGCAACGCUCAACUAUUUUUAUUUUAGUGUCUUAAAAUGUAAGCCCUUAA